GCGGGACCGGCGGCGGCGGAGCGCGGGGGCUGCGAGCGCGGAGCCACGGCCUGGCUCCCCCCCCAUACCCCCCGCGGCAGCGAUGCAGAGCCCGGAGCCCGCAGGCGCGGGGCGCGUCGCCCCCGGGGAGCCCGGAGCUGCCGCGCCGGGCGUUGCAGAUACAGGCAUGUCGCAGCUGGAUUUUGGAGCUCUGGAGCUCUCACAGAGCCAGGACUUUGAGAGUGACUUCAUGCCCAGCGAAGGAGAUGGGAGACAUCCAUUUCACUCUGGAGCUGCUAUCCCUUCUUCCGGACUUGUGAAGAAUGAUACUAAAGAUGAACUGUGUGGGGACAGCAUGGAAACAGCUCCCAGCAUGGAAGCACAUCCUGCUUUGGAAGGCCAGCCAGAAAAGUCUGGAAGAACUCUGCAGGUAGCAGAAGAGCAUACUGGGAAACAAAUGCCUGUCUGUGACCUCCCUCAAACUGAGAAAUCCCUUGAUCCUGCUCACAAGGAGUCAGAUAUCUUGUCGACUCAGGAAGAGAUGUUUCCUGAGAAUAAUGCAACAGGGAGUGGCUGCCCAGUGACCAAAGCAGAAGAGACAAAUUCUCUGGCAUGCACCCCUGCCCGCAGCCUGCAGCUCCUGCAGCUCUCUGGACAAGGCCCGCUUGUACAGGAGAGUCAUUCCACUGUCUCCUCAGGCCUAGUUACUCCUCCUCUUGUUGCCAUUGGAUCCAGUGCUCUUGUCUUCAGCAGUCCUACGGAACAAGAGCAAGCAAAGGACGAACAGAUGGAUACAUCUGUCCCUGCUGAAGGAAGAGAGCUGAUACAGAACCAGAGAGGAGAUACGCUGGUGGAAACCACCGUGCCAUAUAUCCCACCUGGACCUACUGUCCUGCCACAGGCUUCAACUCCAGUGUCCGAGAGUGCCCCCGCCUUCUUUCCCAGAUCUUUACCUCUGCCAUCACAACCGGAGUUCUCUCAUGAUAUCUUUGUUCCAACUCCAACCCCACAGAAGAAUCCUGAAGGAGAAGGAAAAGCUGCUGCUUUGACUUGUCUGUGCUUACCAGGAGAUUUCUCUGGACCCACAGGUGCUGUGUCACAGCCUUCCGAGUCCUGUAAGCUGAUGCUUUCUGCAAGUGACUGUAGCCAGACCGAUGCAGAGGUCAGUUCAGGGUCUGUGAAGGCAGGCCAGGACAGUGAAAGCACACAAGUAGAGAUGAUUUCUGAAUGCAAGCCCUCACACCUGGGACUCUCUUCUGUGGAGAAUGACAGUGUAAAACUGAGGCUGGACACGGGUGAUCAAGCCCUCUCUGAAAACUGUGAAAAAGUGAAAAUGGAGGAUUUACAGACUGCAGGAAAACCCGUAAUGCAGCUAUUAAGUGCAGAGGUAGCAGGAGAUGGGUUAUUAGCCCCUAUGGCUCAUCGGGAGAUGGAGUGUAUUUCUGGAAGCCAGACUGCUGCAGAAGAGCCUGGUCUGCCUGAGAUUUUGUCAUACACUCAGAGUAGGGAAGCACGGUCUGAGGAUCAUCCAUUGGAAGAGACUUCUGAACCUGAGGCAGUUCCUGAGACUCAGUGUGAAGAAAAAGAAGAAAAGCUGCAAGUCAAAGAGAAGCAAAUAAAUGAAGAUGUGUCCUUUGAUAAUAUAACGCUUUCUCAGAGGUUUGUUCCUGAAAGGGAAGUACAAUGUCCUGAAAAUAUGGAAGUGGAAUUUGGUGAUGGUUCUUGUAAAAGGAGCGGAACAUUUUCUGAUCAAGCCCGAGAACUGGAAAAGAUUGGACCAGAAGGCCAGAAAAAAGAAACUUCAAAAGGUACUUCUGGCACCAAAGAGGCAAAGAGUGUGGAUAAACUGUCCCUUAAGGCUGCUUCAGAAAAUAUGCCAAAACUCAAUGAAGUUUUAUCUAAACCUUCUGUAGGAGAGUUACUGGAACCGCACAACAAUUUGUUUCCUAAUUUAGAGAAUGAUGUUCCAUCAGAAGUGGCGUUAUGUGCCAAGAAACACCCAGGUUCUUCAGGAUUAGGGCAGAUAACAACCACAGGGAAUCAGCCACCACUUCAAGAGACAGAGGCUGACAUGCUGGUGACUCAGCAGGAAAAUCAGGUACCAAAGAAUACAGAGGACAAUGUUACAACAAGGAACCUGGAACAAGAAAAGCGAGAAGAAGAGAUGCAGUCACAGGCCAAGGCAACUGCUCAAUCCCCCAGUCCUUCCAGUGGAACCCCGUUUCAUUUUACUCUGCCAAAGGAGGGUGAUGUCAUUCAGCCCCUGACCAGCAUAACACCACCUCUUAUUGGACAGCUGAAAAUGGGACCGAGAAGGCACAGCACACCCAUUGUGGAUGGUAGUUGCCCAGACAGCACGAUAGCAACCAGCGAUGUGACAGCAGAGGGCAUGAUGGGCGUGGAAAGUGCAACGGUAUCGGCAGAUGUGUCAGAAGUGUGCGAGAAAGGAGAUUCUCAUGUCGUUCCUGACACUGAUGCAAAACUCUCUCUGCGAAUGAACCUUGUUACCCCUGUGAAUGAUGGGAGUGAGGAGUCCCUGCCGUUCAGCUUGGAAAAGCCUCCAGCCAGCAACAGGGAAGAUGGAUCCGCUGCUGCUGUCAGCUCCCAGAAAGCAUCAUCUGUGUUUAGUCGUGUCUGUGAAGUUCGUCGAGAGGAUGAGGCCAGAGGUCAUGGUCUUUCCACUUCUCCAUUUAGGGGGAAUCUGUUCAGUUUUCCUGGCACAGAAGAAGAUGCUGAAUUACCUAAAAAUCCCAGUGGUUGGCAGUACCAGCAACGUGAGGCAGAUAACAGUGGUGGACAGGUCCUAAUUCCUCAGGGAGCGCAUCAGGAGUGCCAACAGCCUUCUGGUGCCAAGGAUGGGUGGCCUGCGGAGACUGGCAUUGUAAGCACUCAGCCAGAGGAAGGGAGAAGAAUGCAGAAGAAACCAAGUGAGGCUGUUAAAAUUGAUGAAAGCGAAGAGAGGUGGGCAGACACCAAUAAUAAAGGGAUUCAAACUAUGGCAGACUGUCUUUCUACACCAAUGACUGUUACAGUAGCAACCCAAACAUCAGAAGAAAUCUCUAGGCAGGUGGAAGUGGGAACCAGCGUGUCCGGGCAGAGACCUGAGCAACAAGAUGCUAAUGUCCAAACUGAAGAGAGUGGGGAAAAUCUUGUGAACGCUUCUGGAGAGGACAUGGACUCUCUGCAUAGUCAGGGAGAGGAGGAGUUUAACCUUCUUCACCCCCCCAAAGGCCGAGUUCAGCAUCGUCACAUGCGAACCAUUCGAGAAGUGCGCACUGUUGUUACUCGUGUUAUAACAGAUGUUUACUACAUCAAUGGCACAGAGGUGGAACGAAAAGUAGUUAAGGAAACUGAGGAGCCUGUAGUGGAGUGCCAGGAGUGUGAGACUGACACAUCCUCCUCUAGGACUGCAGCAGGAUCCUCACUGACGUCAGGGGACCUUGGUGAUGUCAGCUCCUUCUCAUCUAAGGCAUCAAGCCUCCAUCGCAUAUCCAGUGGAGCAAGCAGCGGCCACUCUGCCACACAGAGCAGCAGCAGCAGCAGCUCAGGACGAGGAACUGGAGGUGUCAAAGGGAGAGUGUGUGGGACAGAAACUGGAGAGUUUGCUUUACCUGCUGGCAGAGGCACCUUAGGAAAACUAAGCCCUAGGAAAGGAGCUGGUCAGCCAGCAUCUCCGCUCAGAGUUAGCCAGACAGAAGCCCUGCCUUGUGAUGAAGAGGAGGACUCUACUUCUGGCUCUCGUCAGGGUGGCAGAGCACCCGCAACACCUCGUGGGCGAGGGAGAAGAGGCCGACCUCCAUCCCGAACCACAGGAACAAGAGAUUCAGCUGGACUACCAGGUGUGGAGGAUCUCUCAGUUAUUGCAUCACCUGAGGAGAAAUCAUUUGCUCGUUCAGUUUGCCUGCCAGAUGGAGGGGAGAAAUCUGAUGCUUCUGGCUUCUGUGCCUUACGUCGAAGUGACUCUCCAGAAAUCCCAUUGCAAGUGGGGACUGGUCCUUCAGACUGUACAGACUUGUCCUCUGGAAGCAGCUUUGUGGGCCUCAGGGUUGUAGCAAAGUGGAGCUCAAAUGGGUACUUCUAUUCUGGGACGAUUACCCAAGAUGUUGGGGCAGGAAAAUACAAGCUGCUCUUUGAUGAUGGAUAUGAAUGUGACGUGCUAGGAAAAGAUAUCUUACUCUGUGAUCCUAUCCCGCUGGAGACCGAGGUGACUGCACUCUCAGAGGAUGAGUACUUUAGUGCAGGUGUGGUGAAGGGACACCGGAAGGAGUCUGGAGAGCUUUACUAUUGCAUUGAAAAGGAAGGCGAGAGGAAGUGGUACAAACGAAUGGCUGUUAUCCUGUCACAGGAACAAGGAAAUAAGCUCCGGGAACAGUUUGGGCUAGGUCCUUAUGAACCUGUCACCCCCCUGACCAAGGCAGCUGACAUCAGUCUUGAUAAUCUUGUGGAGGGGAAGCGGAAGAGACGUAGUAACCUUGGUUCUCCCAGCACUUCCAGCAGCAGCACGACUCCCACUCGUAAAGGCCAAGAGAGUCCACGCAUCCCACCAGGCACACUGUCUGGGAAAAGGAAACUUGUUGCUUCUGAAGAUGAGAGAUCCCCAGCUAAACGUGGCCGCAAGUCAGCCAUGAUAAAGCCUGGAGCUGUGAAAGCUGGAGAGUUUGUAGGCACCUAUGAAGGUGCAGAUGCUGUAGAAGCCCCAGUGCUGGAGUACCAUCACAGACCCUUGCCCCAAAAUAAGACCCUCUUUUUGGGCUAUGCCUUCCUCCUCACCAUGGCAACACCCAGUGACAAAUUGGUCAAUCACCAGAGGGCGUCAGAUGUUCCCACAGGGAGCAGUGAGGAGGAAGAAGAAUUUUUAGAGAUGCCUCCAUACGACAAACAUUACAUCGCACAGCAGCUGCGAGCAGGAGCUGGGUAUAUCCUGGAGGACUUCAAUGAAACCCAGUGUAAUGCAGCAUACCAGUGUCUUCUAAUCGCGGACCAGCACUGUCGAACUCGGAAGUACUUGCUGUGCCUUGCCAGAGGGAUCCCGUGUGUGUCUCAUAUCUGGGUCCAUGAUAGCUGUCAUGCUAACCAGCUUCAAAAUUAUCGGAAUUACCUUUUGCCAGCUGGUUAUAGCCUCCAGGAGCAAAAAUUGCUAGAAUGGCACCCACGAGAAAACCCAUUCUAUAAUUUGAAGGUUCUCCUGGUGUCAGACCAACAGCAGAACUUCCUGAAUCUGUGGUCUGAAAUCCUCAUGACGGGAGGAGCAGCAUCUGUUAAACAGCAUCACUCAAAUGCUCAAAACAAAGAUAUUGCUCUGGGUGUUUAUGAUGUGGUGGUGACUGAUCUUUCCUGCCCAGUUGCAGUCUUGAAGUGUGCAGAAGCUUUACAGCUGCCCGUCCUCUCGCAAGAGUGGGUGAUCCAGAGCCUCAUUGCUGGAGAGAGAGUAGGCUACAACAAACAUCCAAAAUACAAACAUGACCAUGUUCCCCACUGAACUACAAUGUUACCCUGCUGCCCCGCUGUUGUGCAGACUGUUUUAAUCCGGUUUUAAAUGUUUGUGUAACUGGACAGUGUGCAUGGAUUACUGUAUAUAAUUUUAUCUGUUGGACUUUUAUGAUGAAAUAAAUAUUCAAUCCCUUGUGGUAA